GUCAUCACGCCACGCCAGCGCUCGAGCCUGCGAAGAUGGCGGCGGCCGUUCUCAGUGGGCCCUCCGCGGGCUCCUCGGCCGGGGCCCCCGGCGGGACUGGGGGUCUCUCUGUGGCGGGGUCGGGCCCGCGCUUGCGUCUGCUGCUAUUGGAGAGCGUCUCCGGGCUGUUGCAGCCGCGAACGGCGUCCCCCGUUGCCCCGGUGCAUCCCCCCAUCCACUGGGCCCCGUACAUGCCCGGGCUCAUGUGCUUGUUGCGGCUGCAUGGGACUGUGGGUGGGGCUCAGAAUCUUUCAGCUGUUGGGGCAUUGGUGAAUCUCAGUAAUGCCCAUCUUGGCUCCGUCAAAACUCGGUUUGAAGGCUUGUGUCUGCUGUCCUUGCUGGUGGGGGAGAGCCCCACGGAGCUGUUCCAGCAGCACUGUGUGUCUUGGCUCCGGAGCAUCCAGCAGGUGCUGCAGUCCCAGGACCCACUGCCCACCAUGGAGCUGGCCGUGGCCAUCCUGAGAGACCUGCUUCGGUAUGCGUCCCAGCUCCCUGCCCUGUUUCGGGACAUCUCCACCAACCACCUUCCUGGGCUGCUUACCUCCUUGCUGGGCCUCAGAACAGAGUGUGAGCACUUGGCUUUGGAGGGAAUGAAGGCUUGUUUGACCUAUUUUCCUCGGGCCUGUGGCGCUCUAAAAGGCAAGCUGGCUGCCUUUUUCCUGUCUCGGUUGGAUGCCUUGAACCCUCAGCUCCAGCAGCUGGCCUGUGAGUGCUACUCCAAGCUGCCGUCCCUGGGUGCCGGCUUCUCCCAGGGCCUGAAGCACACGGAGAACUGGGAGCAGGAGCUGCACAGCCUGGUGGUCUCGCUGCACAGCUUGCUGGGGACCCUGUAUGAGGGAGCAGAGACUGCUCCUGUGCAGAGUGAAGGCCCUGGAGUAGAGCUGCUGCUUCCCCGCCCGGAAGAUGACAGCACCCAUGCCCUCCUCCAGCUUCGCCAGAGGUUUUCAGGACAGGCCCGCUGCCUGGGGCUCAUGCUCAGCUCGGAGUUUGGGGCUCCCGUGUCUGUCCCUGUGCAGGAGAUCCUGGACCUUAUCUGCCGCGUCCUCAGUGUCAGCAGCAAGAACGUUAACUUGCUUGGAGAUGGUCCCCUCAGGUUGCUGCUACUGCCCUCUAUCCACCUGGAAGCCUUGGACUUGCUCUCUGCACUGAUCCUCGCGUGUGGAGGCCGGCUCCUGCGUUUCGGGACCCUGAUCAGCCGCCUGCUUCCCCAGGUCCUCAGUGCCUGGAGCAGCGGCAGGGACACGCUAGCCCCAGGCCAGGAGAGGCCUUACAGCACCAUUCGGACCAAGGUGUAUGCGAUCUUAGAGUUGUGGGUGCAGGUAUGUGGGGCCUCAGCAGGCGUGCUUCAGGGGGGCACCCCUGGAGAGGCCUUACUCACCCACCUGCUCAGUGACAUCUCCCCAACAGCGGACGCUCUCAAGCUGUGCGGCGCCAGGGGGAGCGCUGACGGAGGUGUGCAAAGUGGGAAGCCCAGUGCCCCUAAGAAGCUGAAGCUUGACAUGGGGGAGGCCUUGGCCCCGUCCAGCCACAGGAAGGGAGACAGGAGCGCCAACAGCGACGUGUGUGCCGCGGCUCUGAGAGGCCUCAGCAGGAGCGUCCUCAUGUGCGGGCCUCUCAUGAAGGAGGAGACUCACAGGAAGCUUCAUGAUCUGGUGCUGCCCCUGGUCAUGAGUGUCCAGCAGGGUGAGGUCCCGGGCAGCUCUCCUUACAACAGCUCCUGUUGCCGCCGCGAGCUCUACCGCCUGCUGCUGGCUUUGCUGCUGGCACCUUCCCCUCGAUGCCCGCCUCCCCUUGCAUGUGCCCUGAAAGCUUUCUCUCUUGGCCAGUGGGAGGACAGUCUUGAGGUCUCCUCCUUCUGCUCAGAAGCACUGGUCACCUGCGCAGCUCUCGCACACCCCCGUGUCCCUCCUCUGCAGGGCUCAGCCCCGAUCUGCCCAGCUCCUGCGCCCGGACCUCCUCCUGAGGUCCCGUCUCCAUUCAGGGCCCCAGCCUUCCACACUCCGGGCCCAAUGCCCGCUGUGGGUGCUAUGCCGUCUCCAGGCCCGAUACCUUCAGCGGGCCCCAUUCCCGCAGUAGGCUCUCUGCCAGCCACGGGCCCGGUGCCCUCUCGCCCUGGACCUCCAGCAACAGCCAACCACUUAGGCCUCUCUGUUCCCGGCCUGGUGUCUGUCCCACCCAGGCUCCUUCCUGGCCCUGAAAACCACCGUGCGGGCUCCAGCGAGGACCCUGUCCUUGCUCCUACUGGGACCCCUCCACCCAGCAUUCCCCCCGAUGAAACCUUUGGGGGCCGAGUCCCCAGGCCAGCCUUUGUCCACUAUGACAAGGAGGAGGCCUCUGAUGUGGAGAUCUCCCUGGAAAGUGACUCAGAUGACAGUGUGGUGAUCGUGCCCGAGGGCCUUCCGUCCCUGCCACCUCCACCCCCAGCAGGCACGCCUCCCCCUGGGGCUCCCGCUGGCCCACCGACAGCUUCUCCUCCUGUGCCAGCCAAGGAGGAUUCUGAAGAACUGCCUGUAGCUCCAGGGCCUCCACCCCCACCCCCACCCGCACCCUCUUCGGGUCCUGUGGCACUUCCUCCACCCCAGCUGGUCCCCGAAGGCACUCCUGGAGGAGGAGCACCCACAGCCAUGGAGGAAGACUUGACAGUCAUUAAUAUCAACAGCAGUGAUGAGGAGGAGGAGGAGGAGGAAGAAGAGGAGGAGGAGGAAGAAGAGGAGGAGGAGGAAGAAGAAGACUUUGAGGAAGAGGAAGAAGAUGAAGAAGAGUAUUUUGAAGAAGAAGAAGAGGAGGAAGAAUUUGAAGAGGAAUUUGAGGAGGAAGAAGGUGAAUUGGAGGAGGAGGAGGAGGAGGAGGAGGAGGAAGAGUUGGAAGAGGUAGAGGAGGAGGAGUUUGGCUCCGCGGGAGGAGAGGUGGAGGAAGGUGGCCCUCCACCCCCAACGCUGCCGCCAGCUCUGCCACCCACAGACUCCCCCAAAGUACAGUCCGAGGCGGAACCUGAACCCGGGCUCUUACUGGAAGUGGAGGAGCCGGGGGCAGAGGAGGUGCCCGGGCCUGAGACGGCUCCCACCCUGGCCCCUGAGGUGCCCCCCUCCCAGGAGGAGGUGGAGCCAGAACAGGGAAGCCCGGCAGCAGGGCCAACCCAGGAGCUUGCUGAGGAAGAGGCCUCUGCUCCCCCCAUGCUGGAAGAGGGGACCGAGGGUGCAGGGGACAAGGCGCCGCCCCCACCCGAGACACCUGCAGAGGAGGAGAUGGAGACGGAGGCAGAAGCCUCAGCUCCCCAGGAAAAGGAGCAAGAUGACACAGCUGCCAUGCUGGCUGACUUCAUCGAUUGUCCCCCUGAUGAUGAGAAGCCACCACCUGCCGAAGAGCCUGACUCUUAGCCCCUUCUGCGUCCUGACACUUUGUAUCCAAUAAAGUUAAUGUCUGUA